AACAUUCCUUAUGUAUUACUCAACAAAAACAUCAUAACACAAGUAGCUAAAAAUAGUACACAAAACAUUAGCUUUGCUAUUUUGGUCCUAUAUUUUUCUAGUAUGGCUAAGGUGAAGGCUUUUUCUCUUCUUGUUUUGCUUGUUUUUUCAAGCUUUAUUGUGUUGUCUGAAAGUAGAGUGGCAAGGAUGGAUUUAGGGUUGGAUUUGGGUGGAAUUGGUGUUGGUAUUGGGAUAGGGUUAGGGUUAGGUGGUGGAAGUGGUUCAGGUGCUGGUGCAGGAGCUGGCUCAGGUUCAGGAUCAAGUUCAAGUUCAAGCUCGAGUUCUAGUUCUAGUUCAUCUUCCUCAAGAGGAGGAGGAGGUGGUGGUUCUGAGGCGGGCUCAUCUGCAGGGUCAUACGCUGGAUCAAGAGCCGGUUCUGGAUCUGGGAACAGAGGUGGAUCCAAUGGUAGUGGAUAUGGAGGUGGACAGGGGAGUGGGUAUGGUGGAGGAAAUGGUGGCAACUAAAUCCAUGCAUGCAUGUCAUUUUUCACUAGUGAAAAAAAUUCACCACCUCAAAAAAAAAAAAAGUAAUAAAUAUUAUGGUGAAGUCUUAAUGGAAUGUAACUUUGUACUACUAGUUUGAUCAUUGUAAUUUAUGUUUUAAGGUUUAAAUGGAAGGAAUUAUGUUUGGUUUGUGUUU